UCUUCAAAGUUUUCUAGAAUCUCUGUGCUGGAACUUUUUUUGAACUGUUUGAAGAUAGAGGAGAAACAUUGUUGAAUACUCGUGAACUUAGAGCUGAUUAGUGGAGGGGAAGUUGUUUAGGCACCAUGGCGCAACCGAUGGAUUAUCUGGCUAGCUUCAGAAGUCACACUGACGCCACUGUCCGCGAUACAUUCGAGUCGCUGGAGCAAUUUUACCGAAAAAAACUUUGGCAUCAGUUGACGCUGGUCUUGACCGAGUUUAUUAAACACAGCUUCUUCACGGAGGGAACCAAUAUGUUGGAUCUAUAUAGUAACUUCAUCAAGGACUUCGAGCAUAGGAUAAACCCUCUGUCGCACGUUCACCUCUCGGUUGCUGUCAUGACCAAAAUGUCGCAGGAAGAUGCCAUUGAAUUCCUGACCGAGACCAACAAGAAGGUGAAGACGCACCAGGAGGCCAGCCUUCUGUGCAGGACGCAUAUAGCUCGUCUACGUGUAGACACGGAGGGCCUGGAGCCACUGAAGCGCACCAUUGAGGAUUUGAACACUGAGCUAGACCAGCUCGAUCACGUCACACCUACGCACGGCGAGUACUACAGGCUCUCAUCGCGGUACUAUCAGCGUCUUGGCGAUCACGCACAGUUCUACCGCGACACACUACGCUACCUGGGCUGCAUCAACAUUGACGACUUGCCGAAAGAGGAGCUGACGGAUUGUGCGUUUGCCCUUGGCAUCGCAGCACUGCUGGGUGAGGGGCUUUAUAAUUUUGGUGAAAUGCUGGAGCAUCCCAUUGUCAAAUGUCUGGAGGGCACCGACCGAGAGUGGAUGUAUACACUUCUGCAGCGGGCUAAUGCCGGUGUGUUAGCGCAUCUUGAUCAGACGGCGGAAUGGAAAACCCAGAAAGACUUAGCCUCAGCCGAGCAAAAGCUGCGCGCCAAGAUCUCUCUGCUCGCGCUCAUGGAGAUGGUCUUCGCUCAUCCGGCGUCGGAGCGGACGAUAGCGUUUGGCGACAUUGCCACGCGCGUCGGCGUGUCCCUAGAACAAGUGGAGCUGCUGGUGAUGAAAGCGCUGUCGCUUGGACUGGUGAAGGGAUCGUUAGAUGAGGUACAGCAAGUAGUCCAGUUCACCUGGGUACAGCCUCGCGUGCUCGAUCGCUCCCAGAUUGCCGUGAUGACGGACCGGUUGACGACAUGGUGCAAGAAAGUGGAACAAACAGCCACCCGCGUUGAGAACCACGCGCCUGAGCUGAUCGUAUGAGCGUGAGUGCGUACGAGGACAGCUUUCGCUUGUGUUGUACAUAGUGACAUAGUUUGGAUACAUGUGUGUGUGUGUGUGUGUGUGUGUGUGUGUGUGUGUGUGUGUGUGUGUGUGUGUGUGUGUGUGUGUGUGUGUACAUGUGUACUUGUGAGAUAGCUGUUCAUGGUGUUUUCUUCUUCUUUUUUUCUUGACCAUGGCAGUGCCAUUUCAAUCUGUGUGAACUAUGAACGGCCAAAAAUAUCUCUCCCUUCUCCCUUGUAUGAUGAUUCUGUUGUAAGUUAGCAUCUCUUUCCUUUUUUCUUUCUUUGCCGUGUUACCUCAUCUCCGUGUACACUACAGCGUGCCAUCAGCGCAUUUUUAGAAUCUUUUAUUUCCGCAUUGUAUUUCACCGCUCCGCUCCGAUGCCGCAACAAGAAAUAUUCCCAUGACAUCAUUUGCUCUUGUGUUUGGACUAGUGUACCAUGUGUACUAAGAACAAAAUUUAAUGUUAUUCUUCUCAAUAAAAGUACUUUGAAGUA